AUGAUGUUGUUGAAGAUUGGUGGUGGCACAGCCAUGGCUGUCCCUCGUAGAACUUUAUGGAGGAGACCCAUGUGCUUGGCUUCCAACGUCGACACCGAGCAGCUACGUGUUCAACUCGUUCAGCUCCAUUCUGAGGCUGAGAGCGCCAGAGGCAAAGCAAACAAUGCAAGAUUGAGGCUUCUUCGACUGUCAGAGACAGCUGAGAAUCUUAAAAGGCAAGCAGCAAUUAAUGUCCAAACUGGGAAGGAGGAUGAUGCAAGGGAACUACUCUUUCAGAAGAAAAAGGUCAUAGAAGCAUUGGAGAAGUCCAAAAAACGCAUUGAAUUGCUUGAUGAGCUUUCCUCAAAGCUUAAUGAGGCGAUUUCUCUAAAAGAAAGGCAGCUAAUUGGGAAUGUUACUUUGGAUCUAGAAGUUGUCAGAGAUGAUGCUUUUAGUCCAGUUCGAAUUGUAUCCCCAACACCAGAUGUUGCAGAAGAUUUGGAGGAGGGCAAAGAAUUUGCCUCUAAUGAUCUGAAGCUCAGUAAUGAUGAAGAAAAGCCGCUUCUUGCAGAGAGCCAAGCAAGCAUACCUGUUGAGCCAGAAGGGGAGGAUCUUCAAGAACCUUUAAAUAAGGGAGCUUGGAAUGAAGAUGAAAUAAUUACUAGCUUGAAGGGAAUAACCUCUUUUGAGAAAUUCUUGGAACAUCUGGAUCAUCAACUUAACAAAAUUGAAGCAGAACUUGUCACUAUUUUAAGAAUCUCAACCUUGGUAGUGGGCAGCCAGGAGAAACCAAAACAUUUUAAGGUGCAACAAAUAAUGGAACUUCUUGAGAGUAUCACUGGCGUUAGACAGAGAAUUUCAAGUAUCAAGAUGGCAAAUGUGGAGAUCAGAUAG